AGCAAAACAUGCUUUUUCUCCGCUCUCCGAUCCCCGAAACACUCUUGAUCUCAUACAGCUGCUUUUCACCACUGUCCACUCAUUCGAAGGAAUUGACUUCCGAGCUCGCAUAAUUUAACACCGGGCGAGAUCGGUCACUUCUCAAUCGCUUGCGCCACAAUGGCGAGUCAGGCGGCCCCGAUGGAGGAGAUUAUCUGGAGAUCUCCCCAGCAUGUGCAGAUGAUGGGGGGUUACCUGCACUCCAACAACAUCCUCUUUUAUUUUGCCGAGUCUACAUUCUUCGAUCCUCAAUCCAAUAAUGGCAUUCUCGCAACCCAAGCUACCUACAACGAGUCCCUCCGGCACGUCGUUGAAACGCGCGCGACAUUCGAAGGGAAAUUGAAGCAGAUGCAAGGAUUGGAGUUCAUCGUCUCCUUCGAUCCUCUGGAGGCUGCAGCCCAGUCUAACCCAAAUCGCUUCGAUUUCGAGCCCAAUAACAUCUGGGUCAUUCGCAAGCAGGAUCGGAAGAAGCGGAGUGGAAUGGAGGACGAGGUGACGGUCAUUUCCACUUAUUUUGUGGUCGGCGACACCAUCUACAUGGCACCGUCUGUCGCCAGUGUGGUCGGAAACCGAAUUCUGACUGCCGUCACGUCACUUUCACGACUCCUCAAAACAGCCUCGACCUUGCCUACGUUCACCCCAUCCACAGGCCACACCUACCUACCACCACCAGCCCGCACCACGGAACCCGGCCAGCAGGCAUCCCAGCAAAGCAAAGAAAGCACCCCGAUGCCAGAUGCGACUCAGUCCUCGGCCGCCGAAACACAAUCUUCAGGAAAGGCUAGCCUUGGCGUCUCAACGACUGGCUCCAGCUACCAAGAUACGCGAAACCUAGCCGAAGCCUUCCACUUAUUCACUCAGUACGGCGAGGAAUUCAUGGACGAGCAUCCGCUUACUGGAGAACCGGGCUCUUUCAUUUUGUCCCGAGUGGGCGAGAAUGACCGUGCUGCUGGCGCUGCAGUGAAGGCCACUUCCAAAGCGACCCUGGGCACGGGAAUGAACACGCCCUCUGGGGUCCGAGGUCGAUCGAGUACCCCACAAGUCCGAAUCGAUACGCCGGGGAAAGUGUCAGAGAUGAGCAGCUCCCCACCUAGCUCGGGUGAGAAUAAAGGAAAGAAGAAGAAGAACCGGGUUGCGAGCUGAUUUGCAUACUUAAUGAUACCCAUGCUGUGUCGAGGCAAAACAAGCACAGUUAUUACGUUGGCGUCUGGAUGGUUUGAAUUAAUAGAAUUUACGAAGUUCAAAACUCUACUUGUUUAAAUGAAGACAUAGACUUGGUG